CCAGUCCAAUAAAACUGGGCCAAGCAGCGAGUUUCCGAUUUUACCCCGACUGCAAUCCCUUUCCCUGUUUGCUUAGUCUGUUAUCCUUUUCUCUUUGCUAUUUUCUCAUUUUGUAAGCCCGGUAUGAUCGUGAACGACGGCGAGGGCGCUACCCUCGUGACCACAAGGAAGUGAAGGACGAGGAAGAGUUCGAGAAGCCUGAGACGAUCUCGACCAGUCUUCCACCGAUAAACAGGAGUUGCAGAUGGUUCUGACCAUCAUUAGAGAUGGCUUGAAGAGCGACUGCAAAAGUUGGACUUAGGAACAUCAUGAAGGACAAAAAGCAGAACCCAGCAGGGCUUGCUCAACUCAUAAUUGUGGGUCAGCAAGAUGAUCGGGUAGAGCCCGCUCAGGAAAGUUCUACACUGUCGGUGUUUGUGAAUUCCGAACCAAUGAGGGAGGAACAAGUGCAAAAUGUUGUGAAAUUCCUUUCACACCCGAAAGUUAGGGGCUCUCUCUUGUUGUUUACAGGCGGUCUUUUUUCGAGAAGAAGGGUCUCACAAAAGAAGAGAUUGACGAAGCGUUUCGGCGUGUGCCUGACCCAACUGGUAUUCGGGAUUUGAAUUGAGUUUUUGUGUGCAUCAUGUGGAGUUUCAUGUUCAGGUGCACACUUGUGUAUAUCAUUGAGCCAUUUAGGCAAUUCAUUAGGUUUAAGAGAGAAAUCAAUUUCAUGGAGUCGAAAUGUGAAAACCCAUUUUAUACAUUUUUGUAGAACAUGUUUUAGUCUGACCUUGAUUCAGGUAGCAGGUUGACUAAAGAGUCAUCAACCAUUCAUGUGGGUAUGAAAUUUUGAUUAGGUUGAAGAUUUUGUACACCAUCUCAUAUUAAUAGGGAACAGAAUAUCGGUAGAAAUUGAAAGUUAAUCAGUUUUUUUUUUAAUGUCAAGUUCUUUGUCUUUGUUCAUAUUUCAUCUUGAAUAUGCAAAAUCUCUUAUAUCUUCCUUUUUC